AUGAACAUUCCUUUCAAUGAAGACACUUCUAAAAUUUUAAUAUCCCUAUAAAACCCGCAUAUGCCAAUUGAUACCAGUGUUCAUAAAUAAUAAAAUAGUGAAAAAUAAAUGCAAUAAAUUUUAGAUGUUUUGGAAGGAGAAUACAAAUAUUCUGAAACAGAAGAAGAAACUAAACAAAAAGACGAAAAAUUAAAACAAUUAAGACAAAUUAUUAGGGAUUGGAUUUAAGCCAUAGCAGAGGAAAAUAAUCAUUAGCUCACUUUCGGAGGCGAAUUAUUAUUUUUUGGGUCAUAUAAGCUGAAAGUUAACUCUCAUGACAGUGAUAUUGACACAGUUUGUUUAGUUCCUAAUUUUGUUGAUAGAGAUUAACAUUUUUUUGGAGAUUUAGUUAAUAUUUUGUAAAAUAGAAAAGAAGUUACUGAGCUGUUUCCUAUUAAGGAAGCUUCAGUACCUAUCAUAAAAAUGAAAUUUUCGGGUAUACUUUUUGAUCUUUCUUUUGCUAGAGCUCCUCCUUAAUACAACGGGGAAAACAUAGAUUUGACUAGUAAUUAAAUGCUCCUUUCAAUGGAUGAGCGCUCAUAUCGCUCGUUUAAUGGCUGCAGAGUUGCUGAAUGGUUAAUUAGAAAGGAUAAUAUACAAAACUAUGAGAAUUUUAAGAUAACUUUGAAAUGUAUUAAAUUAUGGGCAACAAACAGAGGAAUUUAUUCAAAUAUUAUAGGUUAUUUAAGUGGAAUUGGAUGGACAAUACUUGUUGCAAAGAUUUGCUAAUUGUAUCCAAAUUAUCCACCAAACCAGCUUAUUGAGAGAUUUUUUUUUCUAUAUUCCCAUUGGAAAUGGCACGAUUUACCUGUAUAUGUGGAGCAUAUUCAAGAAGAUGUUGCAAAUACAAAGCUAAAUGCAGAUUAAUGGAGACCUGAAUUUCGAGAUAGAAACAGCAUGAUGAUUAUUACUCCAUGUUUUCCUUGCAUGAAUACUGCUCACAAUGUCUCUCCCACAACUCUAAGAAUUAUACAAGAAUAGCUUCAAUAUGGAAACAGAAUAAUAAACAAAAUUAAAAAAAAUGAAAAAACUUUCUCUGAUUUGUUUAAGCCUUUCAAUUUUUUCAAAAGAUACAAACAUUUUUUAUAAAUAAACAUUGUGGCCACUAAUAAAAAUGAUCAUAUUGUAUGGAAGGGUCAUGUUGAAAGUAGACUUAGAAAAUUGACUAAAUUGUUCGAGUAAUCCAUCCAUAAUAAACUAAUACAAGUGCAUCCAUAUCCCAAUCCAUUUGAAUACUCUCCAUUAGAAUUAGAAGAAAAAGAAAAAAAAAGAUAACUCAGCAGUAAAAUAGCAGAAGAUAUAGUAGAUGAUGAUGACGACGAUGAUGAUGAAGAUGACGAUGAGGAUAAAGAAUUUGAAUAAGAGGAUUGCGAUUAUGAAGUAGGAGAGGAAAUUUAUUGUGGGGAUGAAUCCUUUAUAAACUAAUAGCUUGAAGAUGAUUGUUAGAUAAAUAAAGAAGGGGUAAGCAAUAACUAAGCUGCUUGCAACUCAUAAAACGAAAGCAGAACAAGUGGAGUCUAAUAAGACAAUUCUCAAUAAUAAAAAAAUAAGUAAAAAUAAAAAAGUAAAUAUAAGUACAGAUGCACGUAUUUUUAUGGUAUAAAGUGUAUCUCAAAGGAUAAUUAGGAGUAUAGUAGUGAAAUAGAUUUAAAAGAUCCAAUAAUUAAAUUCGUAGAGCAACUUGAAAUGCCACCCAUGAAUAAAGUACCUGAAACGAUGAAUAUUUAUUUUAGACAUGUGCUAAGAGAUUAAAUCAAGUUCAGAUAAAAAGAUAUUUAGUAAUUUUUAAGAAAGAAAAAUCCAAGCAAUCCUUCAUAACUUCAAGAAUAGUUAAAAGUUUUUCAAAAUAAAUAAAAGUAAAAUAAAUUUUAGAAUCCAAAUAUACAAGUAAAACCUAAAUGGGCUUAAAUAAAGUAUAAGAAUUAGGUAUAAAAAAUUCCAGAAUAUCAUUAGCAGCAAUAAUUAUAUUGA